AUCCAUAACCUGACUUUUUUGUUGAUAAACAAAGUGAAAACACGUGAAUUUUCUUAAACAUUUUUCCUUGGAGAAAUCAAACUGAGAAAAUGGAUUUAUCGUGUGGUGGACAAUUUGAUGCCACAAUUGGGGGUAAUGUUUCCAUUCCGGAAACCGAAUACACCUUCCAGUAUGCUGAGGGGCGUCUCCCGGAGUUGGCUUCCCUCAUUGGCACCGUACGAAAUCCCACAAAGAAUAAAUUAAUCUUCCAAUCAAUACCACGACAUAUGAGACGCCGGACAGCAGCACAGAACCCAAAGCGGCUGCCAAUGCGCUUCCGGCAGGGACAUAUUUCGCAAUUGAAGAAAAGUGGAACACCCACGGAGAAGAAGAGACCAUCGCGGAAGUACCGGCGUCGUCCGAGAAAUCUCCGGGCGGAAUAUGCGCGUCGACAGCGGGAUGUUGCAUGGUUGGAGACACACAUUUGGCAUGCAAAACGCUUCCAUAUGUCCACAAAAUGGGGCUACCGAAUCCCCUGGGCCCCAUGCGAUAAGAGCUACCGUGCAUGCUAUCGUGCCACCAAGAGCCAUUGCCUUGUGCAGGACAUCUCCUUCUACGCCUGCUUCGAGCUUCGUGGUUCCCUUGUGGAGUUGACACAGCUAAAGGCACUCUGCAACCCCACUGAACUCUCAUUUAUUGCCAAGUGCUUCCUUUCCGGACAACGAGAGGGAAGCGUGGAUGUUUUUAGGUGCAAUGAAUACCCCUUUGGUGCCAUUGGACGAGUAUCUUUUAUCUGGAAGCCACCAGGCCGUGAGGAUCAGCGUUGUUUGUGGAUCUUUGCACAUCCAGCCUUUGCAGGAGAGAUCCACAAACAAAUCCGGGAUCUUUUUGCCCUAAGUGAAGCGAGUGCGAUGGAAUUGGACGAUCAGGAAGCACCUACAAGCAAUAAACUACACCGGAAUGCAUCUGGAAGCAUUGAAAUGCGAGAUUUAACUAAAAAACUCUGUCGCUUCCGCCUUACAGGACCCUUAUCGCAUGCUAUUCUAUCCAAAGCCUUGAAAUGUAAACUGAAUCCUCAAAUAGAUUCCACGGAUUUCACACUGGAAGCUUAUGAGAGUCAAACAAAGUAUUGGAAAGAGAUUUCCACCAUCAAAUCACCCGCUGAAUUGGCACCGGGAAUGAUUUUGGGGCUUACAGUUGAAGAUCCACGAAUAAAUCGUCCGGAAAAGCGAUCAAAAGCCCUUCCGGAAGAUCAUUUGGGUGGAUUAAUUGAGAAAAUUCCAAAUCAGGGAUGCCUCAGCGCAAUUUGGGAUGAAAAUUUGAGGAAUAAUCUUGCAGAGAAUAUACUCAACACACAGAAAUACAAUGAAAAACGCCAAAAGGAAUGCCUCAUCCCGGGGCAACGAUGUAAAUUUGAGGAUGACCUACAGGGUGUACCUGUUUUGCUGGUACAGAGACCAGGUGUGCAGGUGCAGAAUAAACCUUUGGGCUUUGCAUGUGGAUGGGAUGUUAUUCUACCUGCAUGCUAUGCUACAAUCAUGUGGAUUUCCUUCAUUAUGUGGGGUGCUCGUGCUGGUGGAUGGCGAGAUGCAAUUUCAACUUCAAGGGAAAUGGGACAGGAUACCUUUGCACCUGACACUGAGGCAGGAAAACGCGAAGCAGUCACUUCCGGAGAUGAACAAAAGGAAAAAUUCUUCCGGAAGCCCCCUAAGAAACGACCAAACUUCACAAAACUCUCAAUUGCAUCUCCUUUUCACUGCCCAUGGGAACAACUCCUUCAGGAAUGGUCAACUGGUUCCCCAACAUCCUCAUUCUACAUCCUUCGUGAUAGAAAAAUCCUCGAACAGUGCCAGAAAGCACUGAAGUACCAGCUGAAUGUUCAGGAAAUUCUCCUUCCGGAUUGUACGCUGAUUCCCAUACAAAUUCUCCUGAAUUCCCGUGGAAAUCCAGGAAAUAAUGCAAUCCUCACCCUACCACACCCCCAGGAUAUUGAAAAGAAACAAUCAGGACACCAUCAGCCACUCCAUAUUGAACCACCAGCCAGGGAUAUUCACGAGAAGGCAAGAAAAAUCCUCAGGCAACACCACAAAAAGUUCCUAAAGCACCAACGUCGCCUGAGAGUAAACCGCAAGCGGAAGGAGCAGGAAAAAUCAACGCAGAGAGUGAAAAUUCCACGAGAAAAAUCUCCCCUUGUCGUGGCAGCGUGCACUAGCUACAGAGAGAAGAUGCGCAAUAUGUGGCUACCGGAAAAUCCAACCAGUAUCAAGGAACAAUGCUCCCGCAGAGUCAUUGGCUAUGCAACACAGAGUGAUUUCACUUUUACCGACUCCAAAGUCUCAGCUAUUGGCUAUGUCACAUGGAAUGGUUUCCGGGAACUCAUUAACACCUGCCGGAAGUGGAAUCAAGUGACAAUUCUCGUGAGAGGAACAACGAGUUUGCAUUACAGAGGAGGAAGUAUAGCCGUAAGGCAGCAGUGAUAGAUUUCUCUUUCAAUAUCAAGCUAAUAGUUAAAAGAAAAUCCGUGGAAAAUAAAAGAAUUUUUCAUAAAAAAAA